CGGGGGCGGAGCUGCACUGUAGAGCCGCUUUGGACGCAUUUUUGGAUACGCAUCGCCUUCCUCGCGACACAGUCGUGAUCUGCCUGCUUCUCUGGAGGUUUCGUUGCUCUUCAGACUGAAAGUAGCCGAGAAAACAGAAAACAACCCUUUCCAUCACUCUGUUCACCAUGGGAGCGGAGAACUCAGUGCAGCGGGACGUGAAGAGCCAGGAGGAUGCGUCAACCUCAGCCUCCGCCGGGGAGCUGAGCGCGGAGGUGAAGCUGCUCCAGGAGGAAGGAGGCGCCCUUGACACCAAGGCUUUGCAGAAAAAUGGACAGAUCUCCAGCAUGACCAGCCUUAAUGGACACUCGGAGGACAACACCCUGUCAGAAGUUGGCCAGCCUGAUGCUGUGUCUCAAAAGGAGGAGGCUACUGAGAAUAUGGUCAGCACCCAGGAGGAAGUGGCUCCUCAAGUGAAUGGGGAGAAGGUGGAGAAAGAGUCUUCUGAUGCCAAUGACAUCUCUGCUGUUGAGGAGACAGCAGUGGAGGAGAAACCUGAUGAUGCUACUGAGGUUGGCUUCAAGAAGAUCUUCCGCUUUGUGGGCUUUAAGUUCACACUGAAGAAGGACAAGAGUGAGGAGAAAGACCCAGUGAAGCUGUUGAAUGUUAAAGAUAAAGAUGAAGAGAAGGUUAGUGAUGAACCUACAAAGGAAGAGGAGGAGGCUGUUGCUGCUGAGGAAAAGAGCACAGCUGAAGAGAAGGAGGCUGACACAAAGGCACCUACUCUUGAGGCAGGAGUUGCUGAAGACACAACUGACAAAGCUGAAACAACAGAUGCCCCAGCUGAAGAAUCUGCUGCUGAAAAUAGUGAUGAAGCAGUCAAGGAAGAAGGAGCUGAAAAGGAAGCAGAGGCCAAUCAGGAGACAACUCUGACCAUGUCACCCUUAAAAAAGCUCUUCAGUACAGGCCUCUUCUCUAACUUGAGAAAGAAGACCAGCAUUAAGAAGACAAGAGAUGAGGAAGACAAGGAGGCAGCUGCUGAGGAGAAGACAGAGGAAACUGCUGCAGAAGUGGAAAAGGAUGUGACAGUUGAGGCAGAGCAACAAAUCAAGGAGGAGACUCCAGCAACUUCAGAGGAAGAAAAAUCAGUGCCCAAGGAGGAUGCAUCAGUUACUCCAGAGGAAGCAAAAUCAGAGGCAUCUCCAGAGUCUGAAACCCCUGCUCCUACAGCAGCUAUCACUGAUCAGAGUAAACAGGAGGAGGAAAAAGCAGAAGCAAGCACUGAGGAGGAAAAGGCUCCUGCAGAGGUGACCUCUGAGGCUGAGCUGCUAUCAUCACAGGAGAAGGCAAAGCCCCAGGGUAGCCCCCUGAAGAAGCUCUUUACUGGUGCUGGCUUGAAGAAGCUGUCAACAAAGAAACAGAAGACCAAGAAAGACACUGAGAGCAAAUUGACUGAGUCUGGAGAGCAAGCAGCUGAGCAACUUCAGUCCUCCACUGAUUCUGCAGAGGCUCCUAAAGCUGAGAGUGGACCUUCAUCCCCAGAGGAGUCAGGAGAGCAUGUCAUUGCUGUGGAGGUGACCCAGAAUGAAUCAAGCCAAGACGCUGAUGCCGAAGUUACCUCUGAUGGAGAGAAGAAGAAAGAGGGCAUCAUUGCCUGGUCCUCCUUCAAGAGACUAGUGACACCCAAGAAGCUUGUGAAAAGGUCCUCUGAUAGUGAGGAUGAAGCCACAGGUGAGAAACCAGCAAAAUCAGCCACACUGUCUUCUUCUGAGAGUGCUGCAUUAGCAGAUAAUAGUGUUGAGGAAGAAGCAAAGGAAGAAAAGCCAACCGAAGAAGAGCCAAAGACUGAAAACACUGAGAAACUGGUCAGUAGCACAGAGGAGCCUAAAAAGAAAAUGGACACAUCCGUCUCCUGGGAGGCCCUGAUGUGUAUGGGUGGAACCAAAAAGAGGACAAGAAGGACGUCUGAUUCUGAUGACGAGGAGACCAAGGUUGAAGAGGAGUCAGCUGCUGUAGAAACAGCUGUAGAAGAAGAACAGGAGGCUAAAACUGAGGCUGAUGCUGCCAACUCCCAAAACACAGAAAGUGAAGCUGAAGUUGUUUCCUCUCCUGAGCCUGUAAGCAGUCCACCUGAGAGAGAAUCCACCUGGGACACACUGAAGCGCAUGGUCAUGCCAAAGAAUAAGGCCAAAGUUGAGGAAAAGUCUGAGGAUAAUGGAAACCAAGUCCAGUCAGACAGUGAACCACCAAAAGAUGAGUCAUCUUUCUCUCUGAGGAAGUUUUUCCCCGGACUCAGGAAGAAGAAGGUUGAAAAGCAAGACUCUACUGAACAAGGUGAUGAGGACUCUGACACUCCUGCUGUUGUUCCUCUCUCAGAGUAUGAUGAGCAAGUUGAGGCUACACAGGAAGCACCUGCAGAAUCAGCUCUAGUCGAGAGUACAGGGUCCACUGAAGAUAGAGCCCCUUCAUGGAUCUCAGCCACCAUCGAAGAUGCUGAAAAUCCACAUGAUCAGCUAAGCGACAUCCCAGAAGAGGCAGAGAAUGCUGCCACGCCAAAGUCAGCUGACACUGAUCUUGCCGAUGAUGAAAUUCAGGAUGAUGCUACAACCUCCCCUAGAGCUCUUGGUGGCAGGGGGCGAAGGCUAUCCACAGCUGAAGUAGCAUCUGUUGCUCCUGCUCCAGAUGCUAAAGCCACCCUUGUUCCUCAGGAAUCCACAACUCAAUGUGCCACUGAGGUUAUGGAGGCUGCUGAGGUCCAUGUAAGUAAAAUUUCACCCCAGACAUCUGUGGCUGUCGAAGAUGUUCUAUUAAAUGUAGCUUCUGAAAAUACAGAGUUUGAGCCACAAACGGAGACUGCAGAGACGAAGACACACACCAUCCUGCAGGUACAUGCUCGUGACGAGGCAAUGGCUAUUUGUACUGGCCUAGGCACCAAGACGAUUGCCAAAGUAGCUCUGGAAAAGCCAGCAGUUCCCCUCAUUGAGGAUAUGGCUGUGGUCCGUGACCCAUUGAGCACAGAGGUUUUAGUGGAAGAGAUACCGGCAGGUAAAGAGCAAGCCACUGCUGCAGAAGUUUUAUUGUUAAAGUCCCAAGUUCAGGAGGUAGCAACCACUGACCUUGAGCCUUGCGUUGAUAAUUUAAUGAUUGAAAGUGUAGACAUUAAAACUGCCACUGAGAGUCAUGAACCCGAGAUAGAGAACAUUGGAGUCAUUACAACAACUCUAGCGGAAUCUCUGGCCCUUCAGUCCACCACUGUGAUUGAGAACUCCCCAAAAGCUGAAAUGAUCAAUCCAAUUACACCAACAUCUGAAACAGCUGUCUGCACCCAGAGUGUGGAAGUGUCUGAGCCAAAAGUUGAGACCAAGGAAUUGAAAAUGGACAUGGAACAGCUUGUUUCUGCCACGGAAGAAAAUGCACCCAUCAAAGAGGUUGUUCAGGUUGUGACUGAAGAGUUAGCCUCCACUGUAUGUGAAACAGCAAAGACCUCUAUCACAGGGGAGACUGAGCCAGAAAUCUUGCCAAGUGAGGAGGUUCCUGUUAUCACACAAACAGUCAUUCUCACCUCACUCAGUCCUGGGUCUGACCAAGUGGCAACAUCAGAAAAGUUGGUCCAGGUGGCAGAAAUCAAGGAGGAGGCUAAAGUUGUAGACACUGUUGAGGUCACAACUGUUCAGGUCCUGGAGACAGAGAUCAGUGCAGUCAGUGAACAGGUGACAAGUGAUAUCGAGGCUCAAGGUGAGGUCAUAAUGGAUGCUGUGGAUAAAAUUUCAGACAUGCCUGAACCCGAAAAGCCUACCACCCCAACAUCUACCAUCCCAGAACCAGUCCAGGCAGUAGCUAAAAUAGAGGAAGAGAUUAUGGCUCCGACCGAGAGCCCUGUUAUCACUGACACCCCUGUUACAGCCAUAUGUGAACAACCAGCACCGAAGUCACCUCAGCUACUUCAUGUUGCCACACAGGUGGUUGACACUUUGGCAAUAGAGGUCACGGAGAGCUUUGAUUCCCCUCAACAGGAAGAGGACAAGAAGGCUAUUGAUGUAGAAGUAAACGAAGAAACCGUUGUGUUGGAAGAAGUCAUGGAAUGUCAAACUGGUGAAGAGCUUGACCCGGUUGAGAAGGAGCAGCGCAAAGAGGAAGCAGAGAAUCAGGAACCAGAUGUAGAACAAGCAGCCAAGGAAGUGAAAACACAAGUAGAGGAAACAAAGACUGAGGCUCCUUCAGAGAACAAAGAAUCAGAGAUCCACGUGCCAGCCCAGAUGGUCCUGCAGAUUGCACAGGUGGUUGAGGAAGCAUCAGUGGAAGAAGAGGCAAUUGAAGAGUUUGACAGCAAUGGUCCAGUGGAUGAAAACACCAGCAUGAAGGCAGAGGCAAGUGCAAACAAACUCGCAACACUGACAGAAGAAGCAUCAGAGGUCCCCAGUCAAGUCACAGAGGCAGCAGCAGCAGCGAGCCAGCCAGAUACAGAGAAGACAUCAUCAGAAAAGUGUGCAGAGGUAAUGGCACAGGUGAUCGAAGUGAUAGAGGAGGCUGUGAAGGAGAUCGAGCCUGUGUCCACAGAGAUCAUAGCAGCAUCAUGAGCAGCUAAAGAUACAAGACUAGUGCCUGGGAGACACACUGUCUGGACCAGGAAGUGAGUGAUAGUGGAGAGAGGCUGCUCUGUGUUAACAUGCUGAGACUGGGCCCCGCCCAUCCUGCUAAGAGAGACUGAGUUUGACUGAGCAACAACUGCUCCGACAUUCUCCCCAAACCCCCUCCACCUGUACUCCCCGGCCCCAUCCUGCAGCCCCGUCACAACAACGUGACGCCCCACUGACAUGUCCUCACCCCCUCACCCACUCUCUCUCACACACUCGCGCAUGUCCUAUGCCUCAGAAGCGUCCCAUCCGGCUUGUAAUCGGUGUGAUAUAUGUUCAGUGUCUCAGUGACUUUCCAUUGCCCUUGCUGCAUAAGGCGAGAGAGUCUGCAACCUGGUCGAGUGUGUGUGUCUGCAGGUGUGUGCGUGUGCGUGCGGAUGCGUGCGUGCGUGUGUGUGACUGUAUGUGUGUAGUAGCGAGUGUGAGAUUGUGUUAGAAGGUGGAGAUGGAGGAUUAUUAUCUUGUGUAUUGUAUUUAUAUCUUGAGUUUCAUUCCCCCUAAAGUCUUUAUUCCCCCUCCCCCCCACCACUCUAUGUUGUUAUUGUAUGGACAGUGUUACCUAUUUUUAAAAACAUAUAAAGCUGUGAAACAUUAGGUGUUCUUUUCAGCAACACAGUCGUGAAUAGAGAAAUGCCUAUUCGAGCUAAAUUUACCAAAACAAAUGUGAAACUGUUGCAUAAAAGUGUCUUGUGUAUCACAGCUUUCUUUUCUGUCAUAUUCAAAGAUUAUUUCAAGUAUCUGUAGCAAUUAUAACUAUACCAUGGUACAAGUGUGAUUCCUCUGACAGUAAAAUGACGACACUGACUUUUGGCACAUUCUCUUUGUCACAGUGUGUCCAUAAUUCUGCACCCUAUAAAAAUACAUUAUAAGCUCCAUUUAGAUGAGAAGCAACCACUGCCUGAUUCACUGUGAAUUAAACUGUUACACAUUGUUCCAUGUAAUAAUAAUAAUAAUACAAUAAAAUACUAUUAUAAGACCUUCACUUGGCAGAGAUCAUGUGUACAGAAUACACGUUUAACACUGGACGAGUCAAACUGAGGAGACGCACGCAUAUAAGGAAUGAUCACAAAGUAAAUCAUGUUAAAUAGUUUCCCGAGUUACUAUAAGACAUAUAUAUUUCAGUGUACAUUUCCUGAUGAAGAGAAAGUGUGAUGAUGCCCCCUGUUGCCUACAAAAAGUAAUACACCCUUAAUGUUUCUGUCAUUUGACUUCAUCUGUAUGUUUUAACAAGAGUGACAGCGUCUGAAAACUGCACUUUUUUUCAUGUCCUUCACCAAUUCUUGACGGCUCGUUUCACUAAACAGGCACAAGGCACAGUGUAGACUCACUUAGUUAUAGAUGCAGAGAGACUGCAUUGUACCAUAAAUAACAGCAAGAGUUACUCUUGAUUUGAAAGCCAAAUUGAGUUGAGAUCAAUCAGGGAGUCACAGUAUUUUCAUUGCUCACAUGAUUAAUUGUGUUGUAUGAUUUGUUGGCAUCCACUCGGCUAUGUAAAAUUAUUGAUUUUAAAGAACGACAGAGUGAACUAAUGAGGGCACCCGCUGCCACCUUCAGUUCCCCCCCUGCUUUUUGUAACACUUAACUGUGAACAUGUUAACAUUUGUACAGAUUGUAUACCAUACUGUGUAACCAUAUUGUUCUAAUAUUAACUAAUAAUCUGCAGACAUUCAGCAUAAUAUUCAUGUAGCAUGGUCUUAAUUGUCUUUUAUAUUUUCCAAGCUGUUAAUAGUAAGGAUACAGAAACUUGUCUAUAUUUCAACCAAUAAAGGUAGAGAAAACCAA